UUGCUGAAAAGUGCGGUACGUAAAGCCGGAGGGUUGUACGCGGCCCAGGUGAAUCGGGUCCGUCUGAGUCCUGGCCGAGGAACUUCUGUUGGUGUUUGGGGCCGCAGGAAUCGGAAGCCAUGGAUGACCCACACACGCUUUGAGACCUCCUUCAGAUCUGGGGUUUCCUGGAAACCUACCAUAAAGUUGAACAAAUUGUAGAGCAGACUUAUGGCUGGUGGUGGCAGAGUUGACAUCAAAGUAUGCUUCGUGGUGUUCUGGGAAAGGCUUUUCGACUUGCUGGCUAUACCAUUCAGUAUGGCUGUAUAGCUCAUUGUGCUUUUGAAUAUGUUGGUGGUGUUGUAAUGUGCUCUGGACCAUCAAUGGAACCCACAAUUCAAAAUUCAGAUAUUGUCUUUGCAGAAAAUCUUAGCCGACAUUUUUAUGGCAUCCAAAGAGGUGACAUUGUAAUUGCAAAAAGCCCAAGUGAUCCAAAAUCAAAUAUCUGUAAAAGAGUAAUUGGUUUGGAAGGAGACAAAAUCCUCAGCACUAGUCCAUCUGAUGUAUUUAAGAGCCGCAGUUAUGUGCCAACAGGUCAUGUUUGGUUAGAAGGUGAUAACUUACAGAAUUCUACCGAUUCCAGGUAUUAUGGGCCUAUACCAUAUGGACUAAUAAGAGGACGUAUCUUCUUUAAGAAGUGCUAGUGUCACAGAUGGUGGAUUACGGGUAUUUGUCACUACACCUGCUCCCUCUUGAUCACAAGGCUUUAGAAGAAAACUGCAUGAAUAUCUAAGCCAACUGGAUACUGUACAGGGUUCUUUAUACUUAAAAAGGUGCCAUAUUCAAGCAUUUAAAAUAUCAAGUAGCAUAGAUUGGUAGUGUAAAAGAAAACAGCCAUGUCUUCACAAACUUAUAUUGAUAUACUAAACUGAAUUUCUGGUGUCAUGUUUGAAUGCCUCAGACUAAAUAUGCAUGUUUAUUUUCAGAAUAGCUGAUGAAGAGAACUUACUGCAAUAUCUAACACAGAGAAAAGGAAAAGGGGACAUGAUGAUGAUAAAGAAUUUUCAUUAAUUGUAUUCAACUGUAUUU